CGCAAAUGGGAUAUCCUCCUCACAACGUAGCGAAGCAUUUCCGCUGAAUUUCCCUCCCGCUGUACAGGUGGGUGUCGGACCGUAUGUUUACUUUCCCACCAGUCAUGGAGCGAUGACAUGAGACAACAUCAUAAGUACAGAAUGAGUGAGGAAGGAGAGAUAUUUCUGACACCGAGGUAUAAAUUGUGAGAAGAUAAUCCAACAUAUCAGCCAACAUGGAGAAGACAAUGCAUUACACCUCUGUAAACCACGCACAUCAGGCCAUUGAACAAAUUAACCAGCUAAGAAACCGAAGAGAACUGUGUGACAUCAUCCUCAGGUGCAAUGAAACCAGAAUAUUCGCCCAUAAGUUGGUGCUCUCCGUCAAUUCCCCAUACUUUAAAGGCCUUAUGAAUACUAGAUACUACAUGGAACCAGGGCUUUAUGAACAUCCAUUGAAAGGAAUUGAGGGGGAGGCAGUACAAACAAUCGUUGAUUUCUUCUACACAGCCACCGUAUCAGUUAACGAGGAAACUGUGUGGACACUGUUACCGGCAGCUGCUAAGUUGCAUGUUGCUGAGAUUCAGAGCUUGUGCAGCAACUUUCUGCUUUCAGUAUUAGACAUUGAGAAUUGUUUAAAAAUUCAUCAGAUUGCCACGGAAUGCCUUGCCUCUAACCUUCUAAAGGAGAGCACAGACUUUAUCAAAGAGAAUUUUGAAAAGAUACUGGAGGAGGACUGUUUCCUGGACUUGGAGUUUUGGGAGGCAAUGCCCCAUUUAAAGCGUUUGGGGGACACAGGACUCUCUAAUGACCAAGUUCUUCAUGCCAUUAAGUGCUGGUUUAUUGCUGCCAUUGAUGAACGACAAAUCUAUGGAUCCCAAAUCAUCAAGAAGUUUCCAAACCUUGCACCGAAGCUUGAGGACUUUAUUCCGUAUGAGUUGCUGGAGAAUGGAGGGGAAAUUCAGGAAAAUGGUGUGGGAUCAAAUAAAAAUUCUGAAAAAACAGCAAGUGACAACAGCAAUUCUCCACAGGAAAACAGAUCCCAGGGGGCUAACCCUACAACCACAGGAAUGAAUGGCAAGGAGGAGAACUACAUGUGCUUUGAGUGUGCUGAAGAAUUUGACACAAAAGCAGAAAUGGAAGACCAUGCCAAGAGCCAUAAGGUCUACAUAAAAAAGGAAAACAUAUCCCCCACCCCAAACUCUACCCUCAAAUCUAAUGGACAGUCCAACAAAAGUGAGAGCCCUAAUUCUUUAUCUUACAGCCCUACCCCUACAAAAUUCUCAACCCCACCUCCAAGAUCCUUCAGUCCAUAUGAAGAUUAUAUAAAGAUGAAUGCCAACAAGUCCUUGGACUUUAGCAGUAGUUUAACCAGUUAUCUUAACAACACUGAUGAUUCAGGUGGAUCAUAUUUUGACCAGUACAUGAGGGCCCGAGGAUUGGACAGUCCAAGUUUUGGUCAGAGAUACACCCGAUCUCCCACCCCUAAUCGUGUCCAGCAACCCACCAAUCCUCUCCUCAUCACCGUGACCAGUGGGACAAUCGACGGGAGUGACAUGAAGUUCAUCUGUCCUGUGUGUGGAAAAAGUUACCUGGAUAAAGACUCUCUCAGCAGACAUUAUGAAACACAUUCUCACUUUCCCUGCAAUGUCUGUGGAAAAACCUACAGCACAAAAUCAAACUUGCACACUCACAUGAAGAAACACUCUGAUGACAAGACCUACUCGUGUAACACUUGUGAUAAAACUUUCACCAGUCCGUCUGUUCUAAAAACACACCUCCGUACACACACUGGAGAAAAGCCUUUUAUUUGCCCCACAUGUGGAGUGGCGUUUGCUAAAAAUAUCCACCUGAAACGCCAUUUGUCCAUCCACACUGGCAUUAAACCACAUGAAUGUAAAGUGUGCAACAAGAGAUUCAGUCGCUCAGAUCACCUGAAACGUCAUGUCCAGAGCAUUCAUACCCAGGACAGACCACACAUCUGUUCCCUCUGUGGAAAGGACUUUGUCCGCAAAUACGAACUUAACAAGCACAUGAAGCAGUCUCACUGGGGGUUCACCGUUGGGGACGAAGACCAGGAAAUGGACUCUUCUAUGAGUGAGCCCAUGGAUAUAGGGUCACUGUCCAGCAUGCAUGCUGCCAUGGCUAAAGGAUUUGUUCCAUUUAGAGAAUCAAAAGCAGACAUGUCUGUAGAGGAAGAAAAUUCAAAUUCUCCAAAUCAAAAAGGUCUGACUUCACCUUCUGAUGGCAUACCAGUCACAGUCAAAGAGGAACCUAUAUCUCCAACCAAGUGAGAGAACCAGACUAAGUGAGAGAACCAGACUUAGUGAGAGAAAUAGACUUUGAGAGAGAACCAGAAUUGUUCAACGUUUCAUUACAAGAGUUUUUGUAUUUUUCUAAAGACCUCGUUGAAUGUCACUCUAUUUUCUUUGUUGUUAAUAUUUUGUCAGAAUUAAGACACAUUCCUGUAUACUGCCUUGAGUUCAGACAAGGAGUCUGUGAUUUUCUUAUAUAUAUUGCCUAGUCUUUGUAGAGGGAGGUAACUCAUUAUUGUACUAGAAGUUUAAGCCUUAAUAUUUGGACAUGAAAUAAUUUUCUUAUAUGUUACAGAUUAUGUUGAUAGAAUCUCAAAGAUAUAAUUUAUUUUCUUGUUAUGAUUUAGAAAUUAUUCUAUUUACACAUAGUAGUAUUUCUGUUUUUCCCCAAGUAGUCUUGUACAGAAAAUGUUACACAGUAUCAAUGGCAACCUAGCCUAAUGAAACUAUAAAAGUGACUAUUCAGAGAAGUAAUCAGCAUAGGUUUUUUUUUCAUUUCAAAGUUUUGUAGUGCAGUAUCUAAACCCUUUUUUUAAUUUCAUGUUUCUUUCUGUUCUUAUUAAACUUUGACAGUGCAUGGAAAAUCCAUAGCAGCUAUUAAUGAAAUAAAAAUUUGAGUUAAUCCCUAAGUUGUAUUCAAUUUGAAACACAUUUAACCGGUUUAGUAUUCAGACCUAAUUAAUUCUUAUCUUUAAUGCUCAUAUAUAAGAAUAUAGUCCUAUUUUUGACUUUUCAUGUAAUAGAUCUGGAUAUCAGUGUUGUAUCCCCCUUGUAUUAUUGCCGUUACCAUUGUGAGUUAGAACCACGUGGGCUUUCAUUGGGAACUAGAAGGGACCAUGACAUUUGUGUAAGUGACUGUUAAAAAAAUGCUCAAUUUUAUCACAGAGUUCUAUUUGUUUUUGUUAAGUGCUUCUUAUGUUUAUUUUUCAUAUUUUGUGACAUGAUUAUUCAUAUUUAAUCUGGUCUUUGCAGUACUGUGCGUGAUUGUGUAUUUAUUAUUAUUGUGUAUGGCAAAAACAGAUUAUUAUAUUUUUUUGUUUUGUGUCUUUCAUCUGGAACAUUCAGAACUUGUUGAAAGUGGAUUUCAAAUAUUUUUGUUGAGAUUAUAUUUGCCUUUAAUUAUAGACUGUACAUUCCAGAACUUAAUUAUUGUUCAGUUAUUAUAAAAUGUAUAUUUAUGGACUAUUUGCUUAAUUCAGAAUUAAAUUAAUGUCAUUGACACAUUAAAU